ACAAUAUAUACAUGUAUACUUACAUAUGCAAUCAAAAAAAUGAAGCUUAAAAAUUUGAAUAUUAUCUGAAUACAAUGUUAAUAUUGAUAUACCGUCAAACCUAGAUAAGCGAGAGUUCAAGGGAGAGUUUUCUUACUAAUCCAGUUCUCACUUACCCAGGCUUGACUGUAACUACGUUAUAAUUAAUGAAAAUGUCAAGUAUAAAGCUUCUCUUAGAACUAAUCUGUUUUCCGUCACAUAACCUCACUUGUUAUUAAAUUCAGUGUAAGUAUUUUUUGAAAUCUAUAGAAUAAAGUGAAAAACUUGGGAAUUUGAAAUGAAAACGAAAAGAAAUGAGUAAAUCUUUUCGGAAAAUAAGUGGCAUUCUUACUGCACAAAGGAAACCUAAAUUACACGAAACAUUUACCUAACCAUUGAAGGCGGUCCUCAUUUAUUGCAGCGCUUUGUUUUGUGCUUUUUGUGGUCGAAGAGUCCUUUUACCCUAAAAUGCGGCAUUGAGACACGAUUCUGUCAUUAAGAAAGUUACGAAGUAGUGCAUUUAGGUAGUGUGCUAGUUUAUGAAUGAAGAACGGCAUCUUGAUUUUUCAAAUUUUCGCUUAAAUAGCAACGAGUUCUGCGAUUUGCAAACAGUUGGGAAGUGUCUGCGAGCUAGUGAUAGUCUUAAACUUCUCCAUACUACUAAUAUUUAAAUCUCAGUAUUGUCAUUCUGAAUAGCGUAAGGCAAUUGAUCAGCUAUGACGGACGAAGUGCAAUUAAGUAAACGACUCUUGUGGGUGUUGCGUCAUGGAGCUGUGAAGGAAGGAAUUCCCAUACGUUUCGAUGGCUUUGUGCCAGUGACCGCCAUUCUGAACCACCCAAAAUUUGCUCGAGAUUUCAAUUUUAGAAAACUUCAAGAGAUUGUAAAGAAAGAUCAAGAGAAACGCUUAGCGCUGAGGCAUAAUAAAAAUGGCUUUUGGGAGAUACGUGCUAACGAUGGUCACUCAAUGGUCAAUGUAGCAAGAUCGCAUCCUUUCCAACCCUAUUACAGCGUCAAUUCAAUUAAUAAAGCAAUAUACGGCGCAUACCUACAAUUUGAACGAAUGUUCAUGGAAGAAUUUAAUGCUAUGGUACGUCCACAUGCGAAUUUCAAGACGUAUGGUUACAACCGCAAUUAUUAUGAGGAGAAUAAUGCGAUCAAUCCACCGAUUAAAACAGCUACCCUCGGACCCGUAAAUACCGUGAAUUCUAACGGAAACAAAGUCAAAACUAAAAAAAUAGAUUUCAAAUGCACCAUAUGCUCCAAAAAAUUCAGCAAGGACAAAGACUGUAUGAAACAUGAGCGUUGGGAACAUGACAUUAAAAGAUCAAGAAAGAGCUUAAGCGACAAAGUUGAGGAUAUCAUUGCCUAUAUAGAAUCGGACGAACAACAAUUAUUGCAAAAGGAGUCACUAAAUGCUCUACAGAACUGUGAACCAGGGCAAGAGCUUAGCAGUAUUUUUAAACAACACAAAAUGAAUGACGAGACCUUAAGUUCGGUUUACAAGAGCAUCGAAGCUUGUCUGAAGAAUGUACUACGGCCGUUAAAAGGGGUAGAACUACAUCCUUUCGGGUCCAUUGCAAGUGGUUUAGCUUUAAAGGACAGUGACAUCGAUUUGUAUAUUGAGCUUCUCGACAACACCCAAACCACCGGGAAUUCCACAAGACAAGCAUUUAAUCGCAUCAAUAUUAUUUUACAACGUAGCAACGACUUCAAUGAAGUUAUUCCGAUUCGACAAGCUCGUGUGCCGAUUAUAAAAUGUAAGCACACCCCCACUGGGUUCAGGUUGGACAUAAAUCUAUCAUGUUCCAGAGGUGUACACAAUACCAAAUUCGUGCGAGACCUGCUGCAAUUCGACAACAGAAUUCAUGAGUUAAUUACCUUCCUCAAAAUAUGGGCUAAGCAGUUACAAUUAAUUGGUCGAGGGAAUAUGAGCAGCCACUGCCUUAUUACACUGGUAUUAUUUUAUUUACAACAACCACAAUCGAAUCAACCGGCUGUGCUGCCAGCAGUUAAAGAUCUCCAAGAGAAUGUUCCUGAUAAUUUGAUAAUGGGUGUGAAUUACGCAUAUCAACUUCAAGAAAAAACAUCUCAGAUACCACAGGAAUGGACCACAUCAAAACUAAUUGAAGGCUUUUUCAAGUUUUAUCGCUGCUUUGAAUUCGAAAAAAUGCUUAUAUCACCAUAUUUGGGAAAAGCGAUACCCCUUGAUAAGUUUAAAAAAGGUCUCUUCAAGUUUCCAGCUUAUGAUGCUCAGCAGUGUGAUGUGGCCGCCGUGAGUAACGAACCUGUACAGCCGAUUCCGCUGGCUGAUCGUUGUGUUUGUGUACAGGAUGCGUUUGUUCUAAGCCAUAAUGUUGGCAAAGCGAUAUCUCGACUCCAUUUGGAAUAUUUUCGAAAAUGCCUAAACCUUGCUUGUGAUGUAUACGAAGAUGUAGAUAUUUCAACAGAUGCUCAACGAUACGAGGCACUACUUUAUGGCAUUUUUGAACGGGUGGCUCAAUCGGUGAAUAUAAAGUUCGCUUUCCCAAGAUAAAUUUUGUACAAGUAGGAGCAAACCAGAAAAUUAGAAAUUAAGAGCUUACAUAUAAUAUCAAAAUUGAAUUAAAUAAAGUUGAA